AUGUCAGAAUUCGACUAUGACAAUGACCUCGAUGGCUGCGGGCCAGAGUUCUGGGAGGAAUACGAGGUGGAAGUAGAAAAAUCACCUCGCAAGAAAACACCAGAGCGAUAUCGUGUCGCGAGGACUGACACGCCCACUAUCGACCCCAGCCACGAUAGGAUCUUGAGAAACGACGAAUCGCCUACUAAACUAGCCACGCCCAGAACAGAAGUUGCCCUUUCCCAGCCAAUGGAGGGCAUUGAGCUAUCCUCAGAGGAAGAAGAAGACGAGGCCACCUUCAAACGCCCAAUCCCCGCUCCCGACUUCGGGCCUGUCAAGCCUCGAGGCAGCCACUCAGACUUGGAAGUCGGUAAUGCCCUUCGCAAAAGUGGAACAGUCUCCUCGCUCGACUCCGUGGAUUCAUUUUUUUUCGAGAAUCUUUCUCGAAAGACUUCUGCGACGAGUUUGUCGUCUGCGGGUAACUCUCCGAGAAAACGCGCUGCCGAUAUUCAGGCAGUGUCGCCGUCUCCAUCGAAAUCCCGAAAAUUAGACGAGGCCGAGCCAGCCUUCAUCCCGAAGAGCAUUCUGGGCGAACAUGGCACUUCUCUCCAAGAGCAUGUCAUUUUCCACGACGACGAUUUACAACAACUGUUCGACUCGGUUGGGGUCCCGCUUGGUACACAAUGGGAAAUUGUCAGAGAGUUACUCACAAGCCGCCCACGUUGGACCAUCCAGGACCUCAAGCAACUUGCACAGGAUCGUACGAAACGGACGACCCUCCAUGGCUCGAAUCUCGAUACAGCCCCUCAUCUUCGCCAGUUACUUGGUAAAGGAAAGUCCAAGAGGCCGAACAAAAAAGCUGUAGAGCUAUGGUCAGAGUUGGAUAGGGAGCAAAAGGCGCUCCUAGAACGACGAGGUGGCGGGUUAGGCUUAUUAGACGGAGACAAAUGGCAUGGAGGGCAGGUGACAUUCCACCUCCGUCUCCGCAAACUUGAUUCAGGUGACUACAAAAUCGUCUUGGAAAAGCCCACCAAAGGACGAUCAUAUCGAUUCUUACGGAUCCUUGGAUCAACUGGCCUCCUGCACCUGUCAAUUCCCAACCAACUCGUCCGGGACGAACCUGCCCAACUGCGUGCAUUUUUAAGUCAAAGGUUUAUUCUCAAUGGACGUGUCUAUGUCGCCCUUCCGGUGAAAGAUGCUACCGCUGUCUAUCUAUUCCAGACGGAUAUAAACUGGCUCAGAGAACCGUUGCCCUACUUUGGGGACGACCAACGAAUGUCUCUUUUGGAGUUCAUGCGCCGACAUAAUCCAAUAGAGUAUAAUGCCGACCAGGCAUUUGCCAAAUACUUGUCACGAUAUGGCCUCGGAUUUUCAACGUCGAAGCCAGUUCUCGAGUUCAAACCAGAGAACAUCAUGUACAUCUCGGAUAGGUUUGCGGACGGACACGAUCCUAACCAAAAGGCGUCGUCGGAGCAAAUAAUGACAGACGGCUGCGGCUUUCUAAAUCGUGCAGCCGCCCUUGCGAUCAAAGAAGCUGUUGGCUAUGAUAAAAUGCCCACGAUGGUGCAAGGAAGAAUUGGUGGGGCAAAGGGGACGUGGUUGCUUCACCCUACCGACGUAGAUGUGGGUAACGAGCCCAAAAUUUGGAUUCGGGAGUCGCAAUGCAAAAUCAAGUACCAUCCGGACGAAGGCGAAACUCGCGAACAUCGUAUUUUCGAUCUUUUGAAGGUCUCCCAUCCUCCGCAAACCGAUUCGCGAUUCGAGCUCUCUGAACAGAGCGUUUUGUGUCUCUCCGCAGACGGAGUGCCGACAGAAACUAUUGUGAAGCUUUUGGUCGAUGGCUUGACUGAGUCGGUUGCGCCAUUGCUUCAGUGGAACAAAGACGACGAGUCUGGGUUGGGUGAUAUGGUCCAGCUAUGGCGUGCCGUCGACAAGCUGGGUAGUGUUGUCAACUCACGUGCUCAACGAGUGGCUGGAAGUCAAAGCCGGGUACUCGGUCUCAGGGAUCGGGAGGUCGAAUCGCCAGAGAACGAAGAAGAAGAUGAGAUGGAGGUUGAUGGCGAAUCACGUGCUGGACUCGAUGAAGCUGGAGGCGCUCUUGGCCUGCAUGAGCGCGUCGUUCAGCUGCUCCAAGCUGGCUUCCAUCCCAGACACUGUGCUUAUCUUAACGACAAGCUCAAGUUCGUCGGCAAAAUGGAGAUCAAUUCGGCGAGCGAAAAACACCGUAUUUCCCUCCCAGAAUCGACCGGGGCGAGUAGUUUUGCUGGAACUGAUCCUACUGGCCUUCUGAAGCCCCGACAAGUUUAUUUCGAAUCUUCGAAGCCAUUCAGGGACCCCAAGACUCAGGUUCAAUUUACCGUUCUAACUGGGCCUGUUCUGAUUGGGCGAUACCCCAUUCGCACAUCAUCUGACAUGCAGCUGGUUACAGCAGUUGAUAUCCCCCAGCUCCAUGGCUUCACCGAUGUCAUGCUUGCUUCUAUCCAUGGAGAGCGUAGUUUGCUUUCAGACCUGAGUGGCGGUGACUAUGAUGGAGACACCGUCAUCAUGUGCUGGGCGGCAGAGCUUCUGGAGAAAUUCGAGAAUAAACCUUUGGUCCAGCCACCCCCCAACUUUGUGGAGCAAUAUUUCGAGAAAGAUGUCAAGACUGGAAAAUCUUUCUUCGACGAACUCGCCUCAUUGAGCCCUGAAGAAGCUCAGAAACGCUACCAGGAAGAGUCGUUGAUGGGCAUCCACGACACGAUGGUCGGACUGUACUCGACUUUCCACGACAAUGCUGUCCUCCAGUUUGGCUAUGACCAUCCCAACGCUAUCCUGAUGGCACAUAUGGGGAACACCCUCUUGGAUGCUGCAAAAUCUGGGCUACGGCUCCGCCCCGGUGUUUUCGAAAAGCAUAGAGCGCAGUUUGGUGGCAAGCCGAAGGAAGUCCGAAAGGAUGAGAUAUGCUCGCAGAUGUCUGCGGCAGCCAAGGCAAAGGGCGACCAGUUCCUCUUGGAAUUUGAGAAGCUUUCUGGGACCCACAAUACGGCCUAUGCCGGAUUCAAACGCGACAAGGCGCUGCUUGAGCCGUAUCAGGUGGCCAAGAGGCAAGCUGAAACAAAUGACCCUGAGCUACCUCUAUUUCCGAUGUAUCUAAAGAAGGCCAUCGCGCAAGUGGACGCCGCCUACGAGCACUACAAGAAGACUGCAAGCGUCAAGUCGGAUCCUUGCGGCGAGGAGGACAAGGCGGGGCAGAAGAAACUGCGGACAGCCAUUGUGUCUGCGGCAUAUUCAAUCUACUCGCAACCACUCAACUGCCGCUCCCUUGGCGACGAGAAGGCACAGGAGCGCAUCAAGGCCUCGUAUGCUUACUCGAAAAGCGAGUGGUUCGCAUUCGAAAUCGCUUUCGCCACCCUUUGUGGUAUCAAGGCGGACUCGAUGCCUGGCGGGUCGAUAUCCAUCAUGUCUGCCUUUGACGAGGCGAAGACCAUCUCUGGCGCUGCGGCCCGUGCCCUGCAAGAGGACUAG